AUGAAAGUUCGGAAAGGGCGUGGAGCCGUCAGCCGUUCAGUGUUGCUCUGGUCCAUCUACGCCAUCCCUGACCAUUGCAUCCAUCACCCCGCGCACACAGAGCACACAGACCACAGACAUCAUCUCGGGAAGGAGUUCGUCAACAAUAUGGUGAUUGCCUCAGCAGAGGCAGGACCGAGCUCGGCGCCGAACCUCAGCCUACUUCCCGCAAACGUUCUCACCAUCUUUCUGGCACGGUUUCACGCUCGCCACGGAAAUCAGAUUGACUACCAGUAUCCCCCUGCCUCACCAGCUGGAGCUCGCGACAGUGUCCAGCUCAUCGACGUCGACGACGGUGAGGAGGGUAAUUCAACGAGCCACGAUCCUCAUCAUGCAGUCGACCUCAGCGGAGUCGAAUGGAAAGUGCUUCCUAGCGGCGGGCAUCUCAUCGAAAAGGACGUCAUCUACUUUCAGACCUCUCUCAAAGGCAGCACAGGCGUAGCGUGCUUCCGUAACAUUCAGCUCAACGAUGACACUGCAGAUUCAGCCGACCAACGUGGAGCUCGCAUGGUGAGCGUCGGUCUGAUCCUCCAGUGUGAAGGGCACGCCGACCAGUACGCCUCUUCGUUGGCGCAGCAACUCGCCAUCGUCCCUCAUCUUUCCAAUCUCGAAACAUUGGCUGACGAGCUCGCACGUGAUCCCAAAGAUCUUUCGCCACUCAAAAAGUACUACGAGAUGCACAAACCUCACGUCGGAAGCAGCAGUGUGCAAGAUGGCCAAAAGAUGGAUGGCAAACGCAUGAAGCAGUUGCGCAUGAGGCGUCGUCGCGACCCACGCAAUCUACUUCAUGACCCUAUUUCGCACAUGCCAGCUCUGUGCGGCUCGCUCGGCGCCCUCCUCCCACACCUCAUCAAGAAGCUCAUGCUACCUCGUCAUCGUCUGCUCAUUUUUUCUCCCUCUCCACCCGUUGUGCACGCCGCGCAACUCGGAUACAACCUAGCGGACCUCGUAGCCUUGGGCAUCGGUAGGUCAGGCAAGAGGCACGAAAAUCUGCAAUCCUUUGCGCGUAGAUGGAUCGUCCAGGUCAAAGGACAGAUCGGCGUUCAUGAUAUUCCAGCACUGGAGGAUGAGGAGAAACGGCGUGGUAACAGUGCAGCAGUCCUCUUGGAGCCGAGCUGGAUCGCCUGGUCGACGGACAAGAUUCUGCUAGACAAGCCACAUCUGUUCGACAGCGUGCUCGAUUUGACCCCUCUCAUCACUCGCGACUCGCACGGGCUGUUGGUCGAAGCGUGUCUUGAGGAUGCCUCGACCAUGGCUCGGCUGUGGACCGUGCUUCGUCCUUCGUCCGCCGCUACGUCUGCUGGUGGACGUGGCUUUCCAAAAGCGCAGCUGAAGGCGCAGAGUUGGACGACGCGCGAGUUCGCGACCUUCAACGAGCUUGAUGCACAAGCGCGACGUCACGCCGAACGAGCGGAGCGUCUAGGCGCAUCGGCGUGCAUCAGCCGACGAAAGUCGAGGAACAAGCUCGUUCGAUCUACGUCUCGUCGAUCUGACGAUCAGCAAGUGGAAAUCAACGGCGAUUAUGGACAUACGCUAGCGCAGAACAGUGCCGUAUCGCAAUGGCGCGGAGCGUCCGCGCGGUCACCCCGUCGCAGCGGCGCUGGGACGUUGAGCGCAGCAUUGGCAUUCUUGAGGUACUGGCUGGCUGGGUGGUGGUUCCUACCCAGUCACUGGCGGUAUGGCCUUCCUGCCGCCUAUGUGUUGCCGCUUGGUAUCAGAGGAGAUGGCGGCGUCCGAGCCAGUAUUCUGGUGAUGCCGGAGGACGAGAGCGACGACGACGAGGAUGAUUUGGACGAGCAAGAGGAUCUCGAGAUCGCAGCCGAAGAUGAGGAGGAAGAGGAGAGACGCAGCGCUCUAGCUGCUGGUUCUGACCUUUCACCCACCCACGUCAAUGGUGGUCUGUCCAGCGGUGUCCACGCACGAGCUAUCCCGAUAGAAGACCAGCAUACCAGCACCAACAGUUCCUCCGACACGGAAGGUCUGGACCUGACCCAUACGCGUCACAACCACCAUCAUCACCUCGUACCACCCGACCCGCUCCUCGCCGCUGUCGGUGCCAGUCCCGUGCGCGGUUCCGGCAUCACCGAGUCCGAUCGCAUGUCUCACGCUUCCUUGCACCGACGUCGAAGCACCGACCGAAGUCUCUAUGCGCGCUCCUCGUCCGGGGGAGAACUGCACACCGACUCCCACAAUCCGGAUUUUGACCUAGAGGAACACAUGCGCUUCCGUUCGAUCCUUUCUGACUCGUUGUGGAUGGUUUGGUCUCACUGGACCACCGCGCUCGUCUCUGGUCUGCUCGACAUUUUGGAAGAUCGACUGGCGCAGAUCGAGCAAGAAGACGACGAGCAGGCGGAGCAUGGUGAUGAGAGCGAGCUCUCGCAGCUGCUCGUAGCCAAGGUGCGGGCAGGAUUGGAGAUCGAGCUUGGUGCCAAGGAUAUGGCGUCUCUGGGUUUGAGUGCGGGGAACAAGCUUGAUGUCGAGUUGGUGGAGACGUUAGGUUCGCAGUACUUAGCCCUGCUGACGGCGACGCUUUGCGGCGACGCGGGAGGAGGCGAGGCGAGGGUGAGGGUGAAAAAGGGUUGGUCGGUGAUUCGAUGGUUGUUGUGA